ACCAAGAUCCCCAACUCGUUUAGGGACUCUGGCCACGGCUCCGCUGAGGAAACUCAGCGUGGACUUGAUCAAAACGUACAAACUCAUCAAUGAGGUGUACUAUGCCAAAAAGAAGAAGCGGGCAGCAGCAGGUGCCGUCCAUGGGGAGGACACCAACAACAAGAAAGGCAAGGUGAACCCUCAUAUCUUUAAUGAUGGUUACGACGACUCCAACCACGACUACAUUGUCAACCCCGGGGAGAAGUGGAUGGAUCGCUACGAGAUUGACUCUCUCAUAGGGAAGGGCUCAUUUGGCCAGGUGGUGAAAGCGUUUGAUCACGCGGACCAGGAGCAUGUGGCCAUAAAAAUCAUCAAGAACAAGAAACCGUUCCUGAACCAGGCUCAGAUCGAGGUCAGGCUGCUGGAACUGAUGAACUCCAACGAUAAAGAGAACAAAUAUUAUAUAGUUCGAUUGAAGAGAAACUUCAUGUUUCGCAACCAUCUGUGCCUUGUCUUUGAGCUGCUCUCGUACAACCUCUAUGACCUGCUGCGCAACACAAACUUCCGAGGGGUCUCGCUGAACUUGACACGCAAGUUUGCACAGCAGUUGUGCACAGCUCUGCUGUUUCUUGCCACACCGGAACUGAAUAUUAUCCACUGUGACCUGAAGCCAGAGAAUAUUUUACUGUGUAAUCCAAAACGCAGUGCUAUCAAAAUUGUUGACUUUGGCAGUUCCUGCCAGAUAGGACAGCGAAUCUACCAGUACAUCCAGUCUCGCUUCUACCGGUCUCCGGAAGUGCUCUUGGGGAAUUGCCUAUGA